AUGACAAAGAAUCAUGAGGUUUUAAAAAAUCAGUUGAAGAUAUGUGGCUUUAAGAAAGAUAAUGAUGUCACAGAGUUGUAUCUGGGAGAAAGAGGAUUAAAGGAAGUUCCUGAUUUAUCACAGUUCCGGAUACUAAUGUAUUUGUGGCUAAAUAAUAAUAAGAUUGAGAAAUUAACUUUUUUGAAGCAUAACUGUUGCUUGAGAGAACUGUACCUCAACAACAAUGAAAUCAGAAAUAUAGCAGGUGCUCUCAGGCAUGCACAUUCAUUGCAGAUCCUGCUGCUUCAUAACAACCAGAUGAAGAACCUGGAAACAACUGUGAACGAGCUAAAAGGAAUGAUGAAUCUACAGACUUUAAAUCUGUUUAAUAACCCUCUGUCACAAGAUUGCAGAUACCGUCUUUAUGUAAUAUACCACCUUCAUGCAGUUCUAUUGCUUGAUAGAAAAGAAAUAACCGUUAAAGAAAGAUCAUUGGCUCUGAAUACUUACAACCACAAAAAGACCCUUGUCCUCCAAUCCAUAGGAUUUGGGAAGAGAACAGAUGUACCACUGUUGCCUAAGGCACCAUUUAAUAAAAGCUGGUCAUUAACCAAAGUGUUGCGCUUGCCUCCAGGUUGCGAAUUUGGAAAUCACUUGGUCAAGUAAGUAGUUGGAUCCUUUCUUUAAUUAAUGUAUGUUAAAUCUAAUACAAGUUUCCCAAGGAAAUAUUUCAGAAAAUAUAUUUAAAGAUCAGAAACAUAUCAGCAAGUUCACACCCAAGGACCACCUACUGCUGUAUAAACCAAGGCGACUGCAGUCAUCUUCAGGGGCCCUUCUUUGGAUGCCCCAGCUGUCAGAGGCUAGAUGGGCAGCAACCCAAGAAAAGACCUUCUCAGUUGUGGCACCAAAACUAUGGAAUUCCCUCCCCAGGGAGAUCCAGCUGUCCCUCCCUUAUGUGAGUGAGUGAAGACUGAUCUGUGUCAUCUGGACUUUCCUCACUGC